AUGGCCUCGAUAUUUACCUAUGAUCCAAAUCCACCACGAGUUUCCUCACCAUGGUUGGCCCCUGCAGCCUCGCCCAAACCUUCGACUCCCCAGUCCAGUGACCGGAACCCCUCUUCCAGUCUACUAGAAGAUUAUGGUGUCACCCGACUGGAGGCAGAGCCCCAGGAGGGCCCUACCGAAUACAAACUGCAUCUGCUUUUGAGGCCGAGACGGACAUACAGCUCAUUGAGUACUGGCCGUGUAAUAGCAGGAUCUCAACAGCACCGGCAGCAACCUGGGAAUCAGCCCAUACGCCAUGAACCGGGGCCAGUUUCGGCUCCUUCGAAUCAGUCUAGGCAGAACCGCCUAGAACAAUUAACCACUCAACUACUAUGGCGGCUGCAACAGUCCUCUCCUUAUCACGCAUCCUCUACCAGCGACCUUGUCCUGCCUAAAUUACCAGAGGCUGCGGCGGCCUUGGAAUCUCCUUCACGGCCCGGGAAGCUUCUUGCUGGGCUCGAAGAGAGUCGCGGAGCUCUCUAUGAAAUCGGCGUUUCUGAUGACGGGACCUUCGUUGGGUUGACUAAGGAUGAGAUGGACGAGAGCUUGACAAAUCUCCGAGCUAUGGCGGCUAGUCUUGGAUGUAAUGUUGAGGUUUUACGAAUGGUUGUGGUUGGAGAUUGCGAAUGGCAUGAGUUAUCUAGUGCCACAGAGAAGCCAGACCUAACAUCUGGUCAACUACCAAAGCAUGAGAAGCAGAACUCCGGAUUGUCCAAGGAUACAAAUGAGCCAACCAACGUACUUCGCCAUCACGCAAAGCUGUGGGUCGCGGAGGCCUUGGUCACUCCUGACUUAAGCUCAAAAAAUCACAUCAUUCCCGUUGAUACUAGAAUUGACGCUUGCCAUGAAUCUCCGCCUCCCUCCAAUUCUCCUGCCACCUUCCAGGAUCAAGAGAACUUGGCUGUGGGCGAACCGGUCGAUCAACUGCGAAUAACGCUCACGGGCCCGACUACCUCAGGGAAAUCAAGUCUGCUGGGAACACUAUCCACCGCUACGCUUGACAACGGGAGAGGCAAAAGCCGACUUAGUCUACUGAAACAUCGACACGAGAUUGUCUCGGGAGUAACAAGCUCGGUGGCUCAGGAAUUGAUUGGUUAUAAGGAUGAUGAUGUUAUCAAUUACGCUUCUGGAAACGUUACCUCUUGGACCGAUAUACACGCAUCGGCCGAACGAGGUCGGCUAGUUUUUGUGUCCGACUCUGCUGGCCACCCAAGAUACCGUAGGACAACAGUUAGGGGAUUGGUAGGAUGGGCGCCACAUUGGACUGUGCUUUGCGUGGCUUGUGACGAUGGUGAAAAUGCUCCGACUGGUGCGGGGGGAACUUCAUCAGCGCAAGACAUACUCGGGACUGCUGGAGCUGGCAUUGACCUCGCAAAAGCACAUCUAGAACUGUGUUUGAAACUGGAGAAGCCACUGGCAAUCGUCAUCACCAAACUUGACUUGGCUUCUAAAACAAGUCUUAGGCAAACAGUUUCUAAGAUCUUGUCCGCCGUGAAAGCGACAGGCCGAACACCGUCUCUCCUCCCUCCAGACCAGUCCAAGGUGGUUUUGGAGUCAGACCUCAAAACCAUUCUUCAGAGUGAUACUGAUACCAUCCGCGGGCUUUUUGCUAAAACAAAAGAUCUCGAAGGGCUCACGUCGAUCGUACCCAUCAUUCUGACAAGCGCUGCUAAAGGCACAGGGAUUCGCCUAAUGCACGCCCUGUUGAAAAAUCUCCCGAUACCACCUGCGCCGACUCCACAGGAUUUUACUGGUCCCGCGCUAAAUCCAGAGCAGCCUGCUUGCUUAUUCCACAUCGAAGACGUUUUUGGCCUACCUGCCUCAUACGAGCCCCUCGCUUCCAGUAAAAGCAAGCAGGCUGACGCGGGGAAUGUUGUAGCUGGCCAUCUACGAUUUGGCAGACUUUCUGUUGGCGAUACAAUUGUCAUUGGGCCAUUUCCAGCAGAUGCCGAGGAGAAUGAUUCGCCUCCCAAAUCAGGUGCCAGGUCGUCUCCAAAUAGCUUUGGGGCUUCACUAUCUCAUCCCUCCGCAACAGAGCUCACAGGGUUUGCAUCUCGAAAUGUUCUCGCUACUUCCGUGGCUAAGAGAGAGUGGUACAAGGCUCAUAUUGUGAGUAUCCGUAACUUGCGCCUACCUGUCCAUACGCUACAGGGUGGUCAAGUUGGCACUAUUGGUAUUGUUUUCGAUCUCGGCGAAGGGGAAUUGCGGAAUGGCGCUGUUGAACGGCUACCACCAACGGCACCUCGAAUACGAAAAGGCAUGGUCAUAGCAAUUCCAAGUCGACAUAUGAUUCAAACAGAGCAUGCGCUACAGGCUGUCAGUGGGUUCACCGCUUCUUUCGAAGAUGGGGAUAUCAAUUCAGUCACGCCUGGAAGCUUGGUCGUUGUAUACAUUGCAAGUAUACGGGCAUCGGCUAGAGUUAUACGUCUGGCGCCUCAUGCAGCAAAUAAUGAUACAGUUUCUACUAGGGGUGAAGGAAUGGACGAUGUAUUUGGGCUCGAUGAGAGCCUACAACAAGAGGCGCAGGACUCGGAGCCCUUCAUCUUCGGCUCCGAUGGAGUUACAGAUGUGACUUUGGAGCUCCUGACAAACCGUGAAUGGAUAGAAUUAGGCUCUCAAGUUUUGGUUAUGCCUGGUGGAGGACACGGCCUGUAUUAUGGUUCUGAAAGAGGAGAAAAAGGUAUUGCCGGCCUCGAAGGCUAUGUUGGUAAGAUUAUAGAAGUUGUAGAUUAG